CUUCCUCUUCUCGUCGAAGGCUUUCUGAGACUUACGAUCAUUGCAGAGUCAGGGGUCACAAGAAGGAGAAUUGUUAUCGCUUGAUUGAUUUCCCCCGGAAUUUUAAGUUUAACCAGAAGCGUAAAGGUUCAAUUGCUAUGGUCACGCAAUCCGAUACGCCCUUAGCUUCGAUCAUUAAUUCUGAUUCAGUGGUUACACCUUCUGCUCCCAUGGCUCCUUCACUCACAGGUAUUAUUUCUUCUUCUUGGAUUCUGGAUUCUGGGGCUACGGAUCACAUAACAUCUUAUUUCCAAGGCAUGGACCCCUUAAGUGGAAUGAUGAAGGGGACUGGUAGGGAGUGUGGAGGCUUAUACUUGUUUCAGUCUGCUAAAAGUGUUUCUGGUACUCCUUCAGCUUCAACUUUCACUACUGUUAUGUUAGAUGACUUUGUUUGUCCUUUGAAUUCUGAUGUAGUUUCGUGUCAUUCUUUUAUGAUUGAUAGUAAAUUUCGGCAUGCUUGUUGGGGCAUGCUACUAUUAAUAAAUUGCACAAGUUGCCUUAAUUUCUUGAUGUUAAAAUUCUUGCUGGUUGCUUUGAUGAUUGUUCGAUUAUUCCCUUGGCCAAACAGUCAUGUAUCCCUUUCCCUAUUAGUGUUUCUAGUUCUGAUAGGCAUUUCCAAUUAAUUCAUAUUGACCUUUGGGGGCCGUAUAAAAUAUCUACAUAUUCGGGUCAACUUUUUUCUUACUAUAGUUGACGAUUUUAUAAGAAUGGCCUGGG